CCGCUCCUCUGUGCAUCGGUACCUUGUCGCCGGUCAAAAGGUCGACAACAAGGGGGUGAUGGUGCUGCGUUGCACGUUUUGCAACGAAGUAUUCCAGGGGACUCGGUACCAGGCCACGAGGCACUUUGUCCAAAUGAACUAUUGCAAGGACAUCAGCUACGAGGCGUUGGUCAAGGGUUUGCUCGACUGCCAGGCACGACUCGAGGUAGAGGCUGUGCGUACGGGCACGCGCCGGAGAAUAACGCAUGACGAGAUUGCCCAGCAGGUUGCGCUUAUUACGCGCGAUCCCGUUGAGGCUUCCGCACCGCCCUCCGCUGAUGUCAUUUUUGAUAGACGUGCUUGCAUUUUUCGUCCCUAUCCAAGGGACGAUGAUUCGGAUGAGGAACCGAUACUCGAGGCAGCAGAUGACCCUGCGCUUCGCGUUCCCCAUGAGAUCAAUGAGACACACGAUGAUCUCGACGAUGUGGAGACGAGGACACACGCGGCACGACGAGCGGCGAACCGGGCAGACAGGGAGAUGACGGGGGGAGACAAGGAUUUUUGGGGCCCUUUCGGGGAGGUGGCUACCACGGAUGAUGUGCGCGAUGACAAAGUUAGGGGCUUGCAUGCAGGCACAAGCCGCACAGAGGCGCGGAUGACAACUCCUACUUUGACGAGGCGAGAGUUGUCCAUGCCGCCACCUUCUGCUCUGAGUCUUGCACCACCAUCGCCUGAGGAGGCGGUACCAUCAGCAGCAGUGGAGGGGGAGGUGGCAGCAGCGGAGGGGGAUGCAGUAGCGCAACAAAGUAACAACAGUGGAGCGGUGGAGGGGGAGGUAGUAGGAGCAACAAUGUUGGAGGAGGUACGAUCAGCAGCAGUAGUGGAGGGGGAGGUGGCAACAGCGGUGGAGGAGAUAGCAGCAGCGACGGACGUGCUGGAUGUUGUCAUGCAGCGUGAUGGUGCGGACGACACUGAGAGCAGUGAGGCCAUCGAGGAGAGCCUCAUGCAUCCGGUCGUGAGGGGUAUCACCCCGGGUGUGGUGAGGGGGUUGGGGAUGUUUGAUUCAGAGAUGGGGGCCCAGUUUGACUUUGACAUGUCGAUGGGCGUUGCCCCUAGUUGCGGCGGGGUGCAUCGACGGAUCGAGCGUCAUCGAGAGACGAGGCGACAGGCGAGACCGAGGUCGAGGCGCAGGAGAGUCCAACUCGACCUUGGACCACGUUUUGAGAGCAGCGACACGUGCGUGCAUGCACGGGGCGUGGAUGUGUCCUGCACGGGGCGUGGACGAGGUCGAAGUCGUCCACGAGCACGAGGCACUCCACGGGUGCCUGCACAGGGAGGCGUUGCACUUGGAGAGUCUUCGAGGGUGGAGGGGUUGGGGAUGCCUCGAGGAUCCCACUGUCAGCAGACGGUCGCACAGGCUAGUAUGAGGGUUGUUCUGGUGAGGAAGGGAGGCGGCCCUGUCGCCAUCAAGGAGGAGGAUCCUGAGACGGCACCGAUAGCGCGGGAGGAUGACGAGGACUAUGAGGGUGAGGAGGAGAGUGAGGAGGAGAGUGAGCGCGGCGACAACAAUAGCGACGACGACGACGAGGAUCAGCCCCCACCCCCCCACCGACGCAUGGUUCGAGACGUUUUUGUGCGCAGACAUCGUCAUCCACACGAAGGAAGGGGAGGUCAACAUGCGGCACUCGGGGGGGUAUGAGGAGGCAUAGCGGGAAGGGGAAGAGGGGUUGAUGACCAUGAGGCCAAAAGUCC